GGCCUUGACUCUUCUCAGAAUUCAGAUUCACAGAUAGUGCUCGAACGACGGUGCUCCAUGUGGAUUCCUCGCUGACGUGGUCCUGGUGCGCAAAAGAGAGUACAUAUAGAGAAGCUGGAAAGACCGGGCAGGGAAGCCGCAAGUAUAUUCAGCGGAGAGCCGUCUGAACCUGAGUAGAAACACAGAGAUUUUCGUCUUCUUUCAAUCUUUUUUAUUUUUUCUCCCCCUUUUUCUCAAUCUUAUUUGGCAUUCUUUCAAUAACUUCCAUAACUCCAGUAAGCUAGUCGUGUCGAUUUGUUAGCUCUCCCCUGCUUUUUAGGGCUGCCAACGCCGAAGCAUCUUCCGAGAAUUCAGAGAACUCCGAACUUUUUGAAAAAAGAAGAAGAGAGAGAUCAAAUUUAGGAGAAGGGGAUAACAGAGAAUCACGAGACGCAGGACCCGCAACUCACAUCUCUGACACGCAUUAACCAAUCAAAAUAAAUUGGAGAAAUUUUUAAAAAAGAUGAAUUAGAAUUGGGCAGAUCUUGCCGCUUUCGAAAUUCAAGGCCAGUUUCGAUCUGCCCACUUUCUUACAUUUGCAGCUAUAAUUACAGCUUAUAUUAAACUAUUUCUCAUACUUCAAAUCCCUUUCCCCCUCUCUAGGCGGGGGGAUAUCGGGAGCUGAGAGAUUCGCCGGAGGCCGGAGGUUAUUGUCGACUGUUGUGGGAGGGGCUGGAUCCGGUGAGCGGUGAUUGGAUGAGAGAGCUCUGCAUGUGUUUGAAGGAUCGAGAGGGGAAACAAUGAAAUGGGUAACAUUGAUCAAGGACUUUAAAGAGAGGGUUGGUUUCAGUCAAUCAUCUCCGUCUGCCCCUACUGCCUCUGCCUCUUCACUCUCUUCAGCCUUAUCUUCUCGGGAUAACAAUGCCUUUUCAGAUUCGCAAAACUUGGGCUCAUCGUCUGCCAGGGACAGACAUGAACUGGAAUUGGACUUCAAGAGAUUUUGGGAAGAGUUUAGGUCAUCCAACUCUGAGAAGGAAAAAGAAGCGGCCCUGGACCAGACUGUAGAUGCAUUUUGCAGAUUAGCGAAGCAGCAAAUUAACGUAGCUCAGUUAUUUACCAUGUUAGUUGAAACACAUCUAUUCUCCUUCGUUGUUGGAAGAGCGUUUGUGACAGAUGUAGAGAAGUUAAAAACCAGCAGAAAAACAAAAUCUCUGGAUGUAGGUCAAGUUUUUGAGUUUUUUUCUGAAGUCACAAAGGAUGGGAUCACUGUUGGAUCAAAUUUGUUAACUGCAGUCGAGAUCCUUGUAUCUGGGCCUAUGGACAAACAAUCUCUGCUUGACUCUGGGAUGUUUAGCUGUCUCAUUCAUAUUCUCAAUGCCAUUUUAGAUCCUGAUGUAAACUUUCAAAGGCCAAGUGCUGCUAUCAAUCAUGAAGAACCAGAGUUAUCACAAACAGAUCAUGAUGGCAAUGUUGGAAAAGUUCGCCAGCUCGAGGUAGAAGGAAGUAUUGUGCAUAUCAUGAAAGCACUUGCGAGCCAUCCAUCAGCAACACAGAGUUUGAUAGAGGAUGAAUCACUUCAAUUACUCUUUGAAAUGGUUUCAAAGGGAUCUUUGAUAGUUUUCUCUCGAUGCAAGGAAGGACUUAUUCCAUUGCACUGCAUACAACUUCAUAGGCAUGCUAUGCAGAUACUUCGACUUCUUUUGGUCAAUGACAAUGGAAGGACAGCCAGCUACAUCCGCAAGCAUAAUCUGAUUAAAGUUCUUUUAUUGGCUGUGAAAGAUUUUGACCCUGAUUCUGGUGAUUCUGCCUAUACCAUGGGCAUUGUUGACUUGUUACUUGAGUGCGUGGAAUUGUCAAAUAGACCUGAUGCUGGUAGUGUCAGACUGAAGGAGGAUAUACAUAAUGCCCAUGGAUAUCAAUUCCUUGUUCAGUUUGCUCUAACUCUAUCCAGCAUGGCGACAAGUCAAGGCUUCCAGUCUUUUCUAUCCAAUUCAUUUGCUGACCAGAAUGUUGCUUCUGAUGGGUCCCAAACAUUUGAUGAUGGAGGACAAAAUUCUGGUGUACAGGAGAAUGCUACCUUGCAAUGUCUUUCACCCACAUUAUCUAGGUUGCUUGAUGUUCUUGUCUGUCUAGCUCAAACUGGAUCAAAUGAGUCUUUACAGUCUUAUGGAAUCAAGGGUUUUAAAUCUUCCCAAAACAAGCCUAGUGGUUAUAACCGAAGUCGUACUUCAUCUUUUGACCUGCUAGGUGAAGCAUGGGAGAAGGACAACGGUAAAAUUAAGGACCUUGAAGCAGUCCGGAUGUUACAAGAUAUUUUCCUCAAAGCUACCAGUCGGGAAUUGCAGGCUGAAGUAUUAAAUAGGAUGUUUAAAAUUUUUUCGAGUCACAUAGAUAACUACAAUUUGUGUCAGAAAUUACGUACUGUUCCACUUUUCAUCCUAAAUAUGGCCGGCUUUCCUUCAUCUUUGCAAGAGAUAAUCUUGAAAAUUCUUGAGUAUGCUGUGACAGUUGUAAAUUGCGUUCCUGAGCAAGAAUUGCUUUCACUUUGCUGCUUAUUACAACAACCAAUUACGUCAGAGUUGAAGAGGACAAUACUUUCUUUCUUUGUAAAACUCUUAUCUUUUGAUCAACAGUAUAAGAAAGUUUUGCGUGAAGUUGGUGUGUUGGAAGUUCUGUUAGAUGAUCUGAAGAAGCAACACAGGAUUUUGGGCCCAGACCAACAGAAUGUAAUCUCAAAUCAGUUGGAGAGGAAAUCCAGCUCAAGCAACUUCAAGAGACAUUUGGACAAGAAGGAUGUUAUCAUUACUUCAUCCAAGCUUAUACAAUCUGGUUCCGGGACAUUUCCCAUUUUUGAUUUGGAAGCUACGAUUCCUAUUGCAUGGGAUUGCUUGGUUUCUUUAGUUAAGAAAUCUGAGGUGAAUCAAGCUUCAUUUCGAUCAGCUAAUGGUGUGACUGCUGUACUGCCUUUUCUGCUGUCUGACGAGCACCGUUCUGGCAUUCUCAGGAUACUGUCAUGUCUUAUAAUUGAAGAUGUUUCACAGGCUCAUCCUGAGGAAUUGGGUGCAUUCAUUGAAAUUUUGAAAAGUGGAAUCAUAAUAGAUGCUUCUGGGUCUCAGUACCGACUUUCUGUUGAUGCAAAAUGUGACAUUAUGGGAGCUCUGCUGCGGAUCCUGGGAACUAACCGCUCUGCCCAGAAGGUUUUUGGUGAAGCCACUGGUUUUUCUCUUUUGCUCACUACACUACAUGGGUUCCAAAGUGAGGGAGGGGAUGUAGAUCAACCUUCACUUAAUGUCUGUAUUAAGGUUUUUACAUAUUUGUUGCGUGUUGUAACUGUUGGAGUGUCUGAUAAUGCUGUUAAUAGGGUGAAGUUGCAUGAAAUUAUAUCUUCACAAACUUUCCUUGAUCUUCUCUUCGAUUCUGGCUUGCUUUGUACGGAGCAUGAAAAACAAGUAAUCCAGUUGAUGUUGGAACUUGCUCUUGAAAUUGUGAUCCCCCCUUCCUCAAAACAAGAUGGCCAGGCUGUUGAUAAAUCAUCUCACAAUCUUUUAUUAACCUCAUCGGGUCCAGUUAAUCCUAGUAAAGCACGAGUUUACAAUGCUGGAGUUUUCAGAGUUCUGAUCAGUUCAUUAAUGCAUUUUACUCCCAAGAUGCAGUUAGAACUUUUAGAUUUAAUUGAAAAGCUUGCUCAUGCUGGCUCCUUUAAUCAGGAAAAGCUUACCUCUGUUGGCUGUGUAGAGCUGUUGCUGGAGACAAUCCACCCUUUUCUUUUGGGUACAUCUCCAUUACUUUCAUAUGCAUUGAAAAUUGUGGAAGUUCUUGGUUCCUACAGGCUAUUCACAUCUGAACUCCGCAAACUUGUGAAAUAUAUUCUGCAACUGAGGCAAAAAGAUUCAGGCCGUUUAAUUAUUGAAAUGAUGGAGAAAUUGAUUCUCAAGGAAGAUACAGUCUCCGAAAAUAUUCCUCUGGCACCCUUUGUGGAGAUGGACAUGAGCAAGAUUGGGCACGCUGCCAUUCAGGUUUCCCUGGGUGAAAGAUCAUGGCCCCCAGCAGCUGGUUAUUCUUUCGUUUGUUGGUUCCAGUUUCAAAAUUUCUUAAACUCACAGUCAAAAGAGCCAGAUCUUUCCAAAGCUGUUGCCUAUAAGAAGCGGUCUGGCCCAAAUGGAAAGCAGCAUGUGCGGUAUUUCUUAAGGCUUUUCUCAGUUGUGGCAGCUGAUAAUGAUAGCACAACCUAUGCUGAACUUUAUCUGCAGGAUGAUGGACUUUUGACUCUUGCAACCAGCAACAACUCCUUUUUAUCAUUUUCUGGGUUAGAACUUCAAGAAGGAAGGUGGCAUCACCUUGCAGUUGUUCACAGCAAGCCAAAUGCUCUUGCUGGGUUGUUCCAGGCUAGUGUUGCUUAUGUGUAUCUUAAUGGAAAGCUAAGACACAGUGGAAAACUAGGAUAUUCACCAUCCCCGCCAGGGAAACCAUUGCAGGUUAUUAUUGGGACUUCAGCUGCUAAUGCGAAAGUUAGUGACUUGACAUGGAAACUACGUUCUAGCUAUCUUUUUGAGGAAGUGCUUACUCCAGGAAGUAUUUGUUUUAUGUACGCACUUGGUAGAGGAUAUAGAGGGCUCUUCCAGGACACGGAUCUUCUACAAUUUGUACCAAACCAGGCCUGUGGUGGUGGCAGUUUGGCCAUCUUGGAUUCUUUAGAUGCUGAUUCUAGUUUGUCUACUAAUGGUCAGAGGCUUGAUGCUAAUGGCAAGCAGGGAGAUCAGAAGGUAGAUGGUAGUGUAAUUGUCUGGGAUUUGGAGAGAUUAGGAAACCUCUCUUUACAGCUUUCAGGAAAGAAACUUAUAUUUGCAUUUGAUGGAACCUCUACUGAAUUCAUUCAAUCGACUGGGUGCUUUUCAAUGCUCAAUCUGGUUGAUCCUGUGUCAGCAGCUGCUUCUCCUAUUGGAGGUAUUCCACGUUUUGGACGUCUCUAUGGAGAUACUUAUAUCUGCAAGCCAUGCAUGAUUGGGGAGACCAUUCGUCCUAUUGGUGGGAUGGAAGUCAUUCUCGCCCUUGUUGAAGCAGCUGAGACAAAAGAUAUGCUCCAUAUGGCUCUUACAUUACUUGCUUGUUCACUUCACCAAAAUCAUCAAAAUGUGAAGGACAUGCAGACAUAUAGGGGCUACCAUCUGCUUGCUCUCUUCUUGCGUCGUAGAAUGUCAUUAUUUGACAUGCAGUCACUGGAGAUCUUCUUUCAGAUUGCUGCUUGUGAAGCUUCAUUUUCUGAACCAAAAAAGUUGGAAACUACUCAGACUACUUUGUCACCUGCUGCAUCUUUGCCAGAAACCAGUCUAGAUGAUCAUUAUUUGUCAAGGUUCCAUGAUGAAAAUUCUUCACUUGGAUCUGAUGGGGAUAGGGAUGAUUUUUCCGUACAGAAAGACUCGUUUAGUCACAUUUCAGAGCUGGAAAACCCAGAUAUUAGGGCUGAAACAUCAAAUUGCAUUGUCUUGUCAAAUGCUGACAUGGUUGAACAUGUCUUGUUAGAUUGGACAUUAUGGGUGACAGCCCCUGUGUCGAUUCAAAUUUCAUUGCUAGGGUUUCUUGAACAUUUAGUGUCCAUGCAUUGGUACAGAAAUCAUAAUCUUACUAUUCUGCGGCAGAUUAACCUUGUUCAACAUUUAUUAGUGACUUUGCAGAGGGGUGACGUUGAAGUUCCUGUCCUAGAAAAACUGGUUAUAUUGCUUGGAGUCAUCUUGGAAGAUGGGUUUCUAUCUACUGAGCUUGAAACUGUUGUUAGAUUUGUGAUUAUGACUUUUGAUCCUCCUGGGUUGGUUCCACAACACCUAAUUAUGAGAGAGUCAAUGGGGAAACAUGUAAUUGUGAGAAAUAUGUUACUGGAGAUGCUUAUUGAUCUACAAAUGACGAUAAAAUCUGAGGAAUUGCUUGAGCAAUGGCAUAAAGUUGUUUCUUCCAAAUUAAUAACAUAUUUUCUUGAUGAAGCAGUUCAUCCCACAAGCAUGAGAUGGGUCAUGACUCUCCUUGGUGUGUGUCUUACUUCUUCUCCAACAUUUGCUCUUAAAUUUCGUACAAGUGGAGGUUAUCAAGGUCUGGCUCAGGUGCUUCCAAGUUUCUAUGACUCCCCAGACAUUUAUUAUAUUUUGUUUUGUUUGAUAUUUGGCAAACCAGUUUAUCCUAGGUUACCUGAGGUCCGCAUGCUGGACUUUCAUGCGCUAAUGCCUAAUGAUGGGAGUCAUGUCGAACUCAAGUUUGUUGAAUUGUUGGACUCUGUGAUUGCUAUGGUGAAAUCUACUUUUGAUAGACUGAUCAUGCAGUCUAUGCAUAUCCACCAAACUGGUAAUCUUUCCCAGGUUGGUGCAAGCCUUGUGGCUGAGCUUGUGGAGGGAAAUUCAGACAUGGCUGGCGAACUUCAGGGGGAAGCCCUGAUGCAUAAGACAUAUGCUGCUCGCCUUAUGGGUGGAGAGGCAUUGGCCCCUGCUGCUGCAACUUCAGUUCUCAGAUUUAUGGUUGAUUUGGCUAAGAUGUGUCCCCCUUUCACUGCUGUUUGUAGACGUUCAGAAUUUCUUGAAAGCUGCAUUGACCUAUAUUUUUCUUGUGUGAGGGCUGCGCAUGCUGUUAAAAGGGCGAAAGAGCUUUCUGCAGGGACAGAAGAGAAAUCCUUGAAUGAUUGUGAUGAGACGUGCAGUUCACAAAAUACAUUUUCUAGCUUGCCUAAUGAGCAGGAACAGUCAAUCAAAACCUCCAUUAGCGUUGGAAGCUUUCCUCAGGGAUUGGUAAGUACAAGUUCUGAGGACAUGGCUGCACCUGUAAAUGCUGUGGCUGGUGAGAGAUCAGAGAAUUAUUCUAGUACACCCCAACUGGAGUCAAAUAAUCCUGGUUGCCAAGAUGUUGAAACUGUUCAGAGCUUGGAUGAUUUCAAUACUGAUCAGGUGUCUGGCUCCUCCAGUGCGAAUGAAUUCAACUGCAGGAUUAAUGACCCUUUGGACACUCUCCAGCCAACAGAUUCCCAGAGUUCUGCAUCUUUUACCUUACCGGAUUCUCCCAUUUUGUCAGAGAAGUCCAACUCUAGAGUUACUCUUGCAUCUUCAAUGCCAGUUAUUCCGGUGGCAUCCUGGUUGGGAAGCUCAAUCUGCAAUGAAGCAAAAUCUCCUCUAGCAGCCACUCCUUCAGAUUUGUCCAUAUUUGCUGUGGAGUUGGAUCCAUCUUCAGAGUUGAAGUCUAGUUCUCAAGGUCCAUCUGCCCCAAAUGCUGACUUUGCCAUCACCUCGAAGCUACUUUUAGAUAUAAAUGAUUCUGGGUAUGGUGGCGGUCCAUGUUCUGCUGGGGCAAUUGCUGUUUUAGAUUUUAUUGCAGAAGUUCUUUCUGACUUAAUGAUAGAGCAGCUGAAAGCAUCACUGGCCAUAGAGAACAUCUUGGAAAGUGUUCCUCUAGAUGUUGAUUCCGAAUCUAUGUUAGUUUUCCAGGGUCUGUGCCUUACUAGAUUUAUGAAUUUCCUUGAAAGACGAUUGCUGCGUGAUGAUGAAGAAGAUGAGAAAAAAUUGGAUAAAAGUCGCUGGUCAUCAAACUUGGAAGCGUUGUGCUGGAUGAUAGUGGAUCGAGUAUACAUGGGUGCUUUCCCUCAACCUUCUGCAGUACUAAAAACUCUCGAAUUCUUAUUAUCAAUGUUGCAAUUAGCAAAUAAAGAUGGCCGAAUUGAAGGAGCAGCUCUUGGUGGAAAGGGGUUCUUAUCAAUCACAAGAGGAAGUAGGCAACUUGAAGCUUAUAUACAUUCAAUUCUUAAAAACACUAAUCGAAUGAUAUUAUUUUGCUUUCUUCCAUCAUUUUUAAUCAGCAUAGGGGAAGAAGAUCUCCUUUCACGCUUGGGUCUGGUCAGUGAACCUAAAAGGAGGUCAUCUUCAACUUCUCAAGAGGAUUCAGGGAUUGACAUUUCCACAGUCUUGCAAUUGCUGGUUGCUCAUAAAAGAAUUAUAUUUUGUCCCAGCAAUACUGAUACUGAUCUUAAUUACUGUCUAUGCAUGAAUCUUAUAUCCCUUCUCUGUGAUGAAAGGCAGAAUGUACAGAAUAUGGCAGUUGAUGUCAUUAAGUAUCUUCUUGUACAUCGGAGGGCUGCAAUAGAAGACUUGCUUGUUUGUAAACCUAGCCAAGGGCAGCAGCAUGACGUGCUUCAUAGGGGUUUUGACAAAUUAUUGACUAAAAGUUCAUCUGAGUUUUUUGAAUGGUACUGGAACACUGAAGAGAUUGUAAACAAACUACUGGAGCAAUGUGCUAGCAUUAUGUGGCUGCAGUAUAUUGAUGGAUCAGCAAAGUUUCCUGGAGUGAGAAUCAAAGGCAUGGAAGGCCGUCGUAAGCGGGAAGUGGGAAGAAAAUCCCGAGAAGCUGCAAAAUUGGAUGCAAGACAUUGGGAACAGGUAAAUGAGCGAAGAUAUGCCCUGGAAUUAGUUCGUGAUGAAAUGUCUACUGUGUUGAGAAUUGUUCGGCAAGAUAAGUAUGGAUGGGUUCUUCAUGCAGAGAGUGAGUGGCAAAGUCAUCUUCAGCAACUUGUGCAUGAAAGAGGGAUAUUUCCACUUUGUAAAUCCUAUGUCUCAGAAGAGCCAGAAUGGCAGCUUUGUCCAAUUGAAGGUCCAUACCGAAUGCGCAAAAAACUGGAACACAGCAAACUUAAAAUUGAUACCAUAAAAAAUAUUCAUGAUGAUCAGUUUGAAUUGAAGGAAUCUGCAUAUUGUGAUCGAAAAUAUGACAAUGGUCCUGAUGCACCUGAACCAGAUUCUGAAAGUUGUUUUCAUGGUUUGACUGACAAUGGUAAACAGAAUAAUCUUGAUGUUGGGCUUUAUGAUGCCCUCUUCAAUAAGUUGGAUAGUGUAAGAAAUGCAGUUCCUGAUCGAAAUGAGUGCAAUGAUGACAAAGGUAGCAGUAUAAAUGAAGCCAGCCUGUAUUCUGCACUUGAGAUUGGUGCCAAGUCUAGUGCAGUGUCGGUCCCAACAGCGGCACAAGAAAGAUCUGAUCUAGGAUCUCCAAGGCCAUCUGCCAAAGAUGAUGAUGUUAAGAUUGCAGAUGGUAAAUAUGAUAAAGAACUGCAUGAUAAUGGUGAAUUCUUGAUCAGGCCUUUUUUGGAACCAUAUGAGAAAAUACGAUUUAAAUAUAAUUGUGAACGGGUUGUUGGUCUCGACAAGCAUGAUGGUAUAUUCCUGAUUGGUGAAUUGUGUUUGUAUGUGAUUGAAAAUUUCUAUAUUGAUGAUUCUGGUUGCUUCUGUGAGAAGGAAAGUGAACACGAACUUUCAGUUAUUGAUCAGGCUUUGGGUGUGAAGAAUAAUGUUAGCAAUAGUGUAGAUUUCCUACCAAAAUCAAAUUCAUCAUGGAGCACAAUAGUCAAGUCCUCUGUUGGGGGAAAGGCUUGGGCCUAUAGUGGCGGUGCAUGGGGAAAGGAGAAAGUGCAUAGCAGUGGGAAUUUACCUCACCUCUGGCGCAUGUGGAAACUUAAUAGUGUUCAUGAGAUUUUGAAGCGUGAUUAUCAGCUCCGUCCUGUUGCUAUUGAAAUAUUUAGCAUGGAUGGAUGUAAUGAUCUCUUGGUUUUCCACAAAAAGGAGAGGGAAGAGGUUUUCAGAAACCUAGUUGCCAUGAAUCUUCCCCGAAAUAGCAUGUUGGACACAACUAUUUCAGGAUCAUCGAAGCAAGAAAGCAAUGAAGGCAGCAGCCGUCUCUUUAAAAUGAUCACAAAAUCCUUUUCAAAAAGGUGGCAGAAUGGAGAGAUAAGCAAUUUCCAGUACCUCAUGCACCUAAAUACCUUAGCAGGGCGUGGAUAUAGUGACCUCACCCAGUAUCCAGUCUUUCCUUGGGUCCUUGCAGAUUAUGAGAGUGAAAAUCUGGAUCUGUCCAAUCCAAAAACAUUUCGCCGGCUUGAUAAACCAAUGGGCUGCCAGACACCUGAAGGGGAAGAUGAAUUUAGAAAAAGGUAUGAGAGCUGGGAUGACCCAGAGGUUCCAAAGUUCCAUUAUGGAUCACAUUAUUCUAGUGCUGGAAUUGUCCUCUUCUAUCUUCUCCGCCUUCCCCCUUUCAGUGCAGAGAAUCUAAAGCUUCAGGGUGGCCAGUUUGACCAUGCUGAUCGUCUUUUCAAUAGUGUAAAGGAUACUUGGCUGAGUGCAGCUGGGAAGGGAAACACAUCUGAUGUGAAGGAACUAAUUCCGGAAUUUUUCUACAUGCCAGAGUUCUUGGAGAAUCAGUUCAAUCUUGAUUUGGGAGAGAAACAGUCUGGGGAGAAGGUUGGGGAUGUUAUUCUUCCUACAUGGGCUAAAGGUAGCGCUAGAGAGUUUAUCAGGAAGCAUAGAGAAGCUCUUGAAUCUGAUUAUGUCUCUGAAAAUUUGCAUCACUGGAUCGACCUUAUUUUUGGAUAUAAGCAGAGAGGGAAGGCUGCUGAAGAAUCUGUCAAUGUGUUCUAUCAUUACACAUAUGAAGGGAGUGUGAACAUAGACUCAGUUACAGAUCCAGCAUUGAAAGCUUCCAUUUUAGCUCAAAUUAAUCAUUUUGGACAAACGCCCAAGCAGCUCUUUCUUAAACCCCAUGUGAAAAGGAGAAUUGACAGAAAACUUCCUCCUCAUCCUCUCAAACAUUCCACUCAUCUUAUACCACACGAGAUUCGCAAGAAUUUUUCACCUAUCACACAAAUUGUUACUUUGAAUGAUAAAAUUCUUGUUGCGGGCACUCACAAGUUGCUUAAACCAAGAACAUAUACAACGUAUGUAGCAUGGGGUUUCCCUGAUCAUAGCUUAAGAUUCAUGAGUUAUGAUCAAGACAGACUCAUUUCAACACAUGAAAAUUUACACGGGGGUAACCAACUUCGGUGUGCUGGUGUUAGCCAUGAUGGUCAUAUUUUGGUUACUGGGGCUGAUGAUGGGCUGGUUAAUGUGUGGAGAGUUUGUAGGUUUGGGAACCGUGCCUUACGGCAUUUACAGUUGGAGAAGCCACUUUGUGGACACACAGCCAAAGUUACAUGCCUUCAAGUUAGCCAGCCGUACAUGCUUAUUGUGAGUGGAUCGGAUGAUUGCACAGUUAUAAUAUGGGAUCUCAGCUCCAUGGUCUUCGUCCGGCAGCUCCCAAAAUUUCCUGCACCAGUUUCAGCAAUUUUUGUCAAUGACUUGACUGGGGAGAUUGUUACAGCCGCUGGAAUUCUUCUGGCAGUUUGGAGCAUUAAUGGGGAUUGCCUUGCAAUGAUCAAGACAUCACAACUGCCUUCUGAUUCUAUUCUCUCAGUGACAAGUAGUACAUUUUCUGAUUGGCUGGACACAAACUGGUACGUGACGGGUCAUCAGAGUGGAGCUGUCAAGAUUUGGCAAAUGGUUCACAGCUCUGACCAAAAUAGCUCCCUUAGUAAAUCAGCUUCUUGCAGAAUGAGCGGGUUAAAUGUUGGUGCAAGAGAACCAGAAUACAGGUUGGUCCUGCACAAGGUUUUGAAGUUCCAUAAGUAUCCAGUUACUGCCCUUUAUCUCACAAGUGACCUGAAGCAGUUACUGAGCGGGGAUUCAGGUGGGCAUUUGCUUUCCUGGACACUACCUGAUGAGAGUAUUCAAGGUUCAUCCAAUCACGGGUGAAAACUGGUAAAUGAUCUCUGAUUCUGAUGACUGCGGCUCUUGGCCAGCCUUUAAAUCUUGAGUUCUGGUUCGUGUUGAUUGUUCAUGAAAAUGGUUAAAAGAAAAAAGGCUGGCGUUGCUUGUUGCAUCGAAACAAGGCGAGCAAGGUUGUCUAGAGAACAAGACUUCUAUGGACAUGAGUGUUGAGAAUCUACAUUCCGAAGUACCAUGUAUUAACUUGGUGGGUGAAGCAUCUGAUCAAGAGUCAAGAACUAGAUUUCGCCGGAAAAGCCCGCUGGAUUUUAUUUGAUGGAGGAGAGAGGAUAAAGAAAAUUUUUGACGGAUGUCAUGUUUUCGGGAAGACGGAGGAUAUUUGAUUUUGCCAUUGAAGUCCGCUGGACUCCUUUGAUGUACAUAUAGUGUUAGACUGUUUACUGUUUAGUGUGUAAUUAAGUUGUAUAGUGAAAGGCGUGCCAUGAAAUUCAGGCCCCAGAGAAAAGAAAAGAAAACGACGCGCUGUGAAAUGGAAUGUGAUUUGAACGAGAGGUUUGGGAUGUGUAUUAGAUUUUGGGACCGUCAAAGGGACGACGAGUGUGUAAUCCUUUGUCGGAAUCUCUUUUUGCGUGCAUAGUGAAGGCCACUCUGUUUGGGGCCAUUUCAUGCUAA